UUUUAUUACCCCAGCAAUAAAGGAGUUUGCCAGGAAUCCUGACGAGCAUUUGCAGCGUCAGCUGGCCAUGCUUCCCUCAUUCGGUCCUUUCGCCUGCUUUCUUCUAUCCUCCGUAGUCAUUUGCCUCAAGUGGCCCGUGCGGGCCGCAGGGGGAGUACAGACUUGAACGGAUACUUCACUUCACUUCACAUAUUUUGGAGCCUUCCGUGCAGUGUUCAGAGUGGCAAAGACCCCAAUGCAGAGUCCAGGGGGGCUUGAUGUGGAAUGGUAAACAUAGAUCUUUUUAUCAUUAUUCUUGCCGUCGAACAGUGCCUCAACAGAGCGUUUGGUGGCAAACUAUUGGUUAUCAGCCGAAACAGCUCUAUGAAUAUUCUGAUUUAAGGGACUUCGCAGCAGUGGCUACACUGGCGACGACACAUGGGCGACGAGCGCGCCAUAGACGGUCACCGACAGCCAUGCAGCGACGUUUGGAGAAAAAGCAGGAACGUUUCUCAGCUCGCCAGGUCGUGCACGAAAAGCCCCAUUCGCAAGACAAAGCGGAGGAGAUCAUGAAAGCCAUCCUGAAUCUCAAGAACGAGGCCAACAGCAUGAUUGAUCUCGCACACAAGAACUUGAAGGUGAUGCAGGAGAGCUUGUGCACGAUGCAGAACUCGCUCAACGAUUGCUUCGAGAUGCCCGACGGUACCGAGGCGCCAAGCGCCAAGGCGGCAGCUGCCGAGGCGCCAGACGCCAAGGCGGCAGAGGCACCGGCUCAGCUCUCAACGCUCCUCCAGACGCUUUCGGCCGGCCCGAAGGCGUCGCCGCAGCUGCCAGCCAGACUGACGGCUGCGGGAAGGGAAGUGCAGAGGCCCGAGAAGACACGCACAAUCAGCAACGACAGACUGUGCAACAUCCAGGGGGCGCCGUCUGCUUCGAGAUCGGUCCGGACGCCGAGAACGAGGAGCAGCGCGAGGUUGUCCUCGAUGCCGGGUGCGCUGCAGUGGCUACGCCUGCCGUGGAUCCAAACCGCACGCCUCUCUUCGAGUGCCGCCCGCUCCCUGGGCCGGGAUGGGUCCGCGUUCGAGAUGUAUUUCAUUUCGAGAGCUCAUUGCUGGUGAUCGUGUUCUGGGUUUCUCUCCAAGUCCGUGCGAUGGCGAACGAACUGGAACGUUGGUUCAAAGGAAUGCGGAAUACCUUGCCCCUCUUGAAUGAGAGUGAAAUAGGUUGCAGGCGGGGCGUGCUUGUUGACGACGGUACUCAGAACUGGUCUGAGAAAGAGAUUGACCGGCACGAGAAAGAGUUCGUGAUCUUCCCUUCAUCCUGAGAGCACGCAGAGAUGCACGAGUGAGCGCGCAGCACUCGUCGAAUCCGCUGGACAGGGGGAUUUUAUUACCCCAGUAGUAAAGGAGUUUUCCAGGAAUCCUGACGAGCACUUGCAGCGUCAGCUUGCGAUGCUUCCCUCAUUCUGUCCUUUCUCCUGCUUUCUUCUAUCCUCCGUAGUCAUUUGCCUGAAGUGGCCCGUGCGGGCCGCAGGGGGAGUGCAGACUUGAACGGGUACUUCGCUUCAUCUUUCGGAGCCUUCCGCGCAGUGUCCAGGGGGGCAAAGACCCCAAUGCAGAGCCCAGGGGGGCUUGAUGUGUCAUGGUAAACGUAGAUCGUAUCAUCAUUAUUCUUGCCGUCAAACAGUGCCUCAACAGAGCGUUUGGUGGCAAACUGUUAGAAUUGCAAGUUUAGAUUUGGAAUUGCUCCGUCGGGGCCUUCAGGGGCGGCGGCGGGAAACAUUCGGAGAGGGCAAACACUAUCCGCCAUCAUCUGACUUCUUCAGUUCUUUGGGAGGGGCGGCAGUGGAUGCAGCGACCCCCGUUUGUUCCACCAUGGCGCCACCGGCCCAGACUACGCGCGACAAGUUUUCAGAGGCAACCGUGGCCCUCAUUUCGCACAAGCAGAGUUUGUCCACCGCCGAAUGAUGGCGAAUUCGCCUGACCUGGCUAGCUGGAUGCCACGCCCUCUUGUCUGCAGCUUUCGACUUGCGCAGCGCGCGGCCGCGCGAGCUCUCCGAACAGAAACGCGGCAGUGGACAGCAGAAUCAGUGGCCGAUGUUGAGCGAGCCGGCUCGAUGAACGAUGCGCGUGCAGAGGUACAGAGUGCCCAUUUCUAAUGCGCGUGCUGCACGUGGCCUCCGCCGCCCCCUCGGCGCGCUUCAUUUCUAAUUCGUGGCCGGAAUUGCAAAUGGCCAGAAUUAAACGCGCGCUCGUUAGGUGGGUAAGAGCCAAUGGGCCCAAUCGGGCCGCGGCAAGUAUGGACAUAGGCGUAUCUUGGCACUGUUGUGACUGAUCAGAAGUUUCGUUGAACUGCUUGAGUUUCCAUGCGGCACGACUCGUGCGCCGCGUGCGCUCGAGAUUAUGCCAAGUUGGAUGACCCAACCAACUGGCGCAAUUUUGCGUGCCCAAUGUGCGCGCUCGAAGCCUGGACAGGCGCAUGAUAAUGU